GUGUUCCACGAAGCGGUAGGGUCUUUCCGCCUCGCCUUUUCCCCGCUGACCUGGGUCCCCGCUCGCGUCCGAGUGCCAGCUGGUGGGGCGAGCGCUGGAAGCCCGUCUGCGCCCGUUGCGGGGAUCCCGGAGCUGGGCGCGGGGCGCGAGGCGUGGGGCCGCUCCCGCGCCGGCACAUGGCUGCAGCCGCCCCGCGCGCACCCCGAGGUGCCGCGCCCAGCUCGCCCGAGGUCCGUCGCCUGAGCCCGCCCGCCCCGGAGCCAAGCAGCGGCUGAGCGGGGAGGAGCCCGCGCCCGGGGAUCGGGAUGAUCUCCCUCGUCCUGCUCGGGCUAGUUUCCUGCUAUGUUGGAACCUUGGGGACUCACACUGAGAUCAAGAGAGUGGCAGAGGAAAAGGUCACUUUGCCCUGUCACCAUCAACUGGGGCUCCCAGAAAAAGACACCCUGGACAUCGAAUGGCUGCUCACCGAUCAUGAAGGGAACCAAAAAGUGGUGAUCACUUACUCCAGUCGUCAUGUUUACAAUAACUUGACUGAGGAACAGAAGGGCCGAGUGGCCUUUGCUUCCAAUUUCCUGGCGGGCGAUGCUUCCCUGCAGAUUCAGCCUCUGAAGCCCAGCGACGAGGGCCGGUACACCUGCAAGGUGAAGAACUCAGGGCGCUACGUGUGGAGCCACGUCAUCUUAAAAGUCUUAGUGAGACCAUCAAAGCCCAAGUGUGAAUUGGAAGGAGAGCUGACAGAAGGAAGUGACCUGACUUUACAGUGUGAGUCAUCCUCUGGCACACAGCCCAUUGUGUAUUACUGGCAGCGAAUCCGGGAGAAGGAGGGAGAGGAUGAACGUUUGCCUCCCAAAUCUAGGAUUGACUACAACCACCCUGGACGCGUCCUGCUGCAGAAUCUCACCAUGUCCUCCUCUGGGCUCUACCAGUGCACAGCGGGCAAUGAGGCCGGGAAGGAGAGCUGUGUGGUGCGAGUGGCUGUUCAGUAUGUACAAAGCAUCGGCAUGAUUGCAGGAGCGGUGACAGGUAUGGUGGCUGGAGCCCUGCUGAUUUUCCUCUUGGUGUGGCUGCUAAUCCGACGGAAAGACAAAGAGAGAUACGAGGAGGAAGAGAGACCGAAUGAAAUUCGAGAAGAUGCCGAAGCCCCGAAAGCCCGCCUUGUGAAACCCAGCUCCUCCUCCUCCGGCUCGCGGAGCUCACGCUCCGGUUCCUCCUCCACGCGCUCCACGGCAAACAGCGGCUCCCGCAGCCAGCGGACACCGUCCACGGAAGCGGCGCCCCGGCCAGGGCUGGCUACCCACACCUACGGUCCAGUGGGGCCGGAGGCAAGAGGGUCUGAACCAAAGAAAGUCCGCCACGCUACCCUGACCAAAGCAGAAAGCACUCCUGGCACGAUCCCCAGCCAGAGCAGAGCCUUCCAAACUGUCUGAGUUCCAGCGGACUUGACUCCCAUCCUUUCCCAGGAGUCAGGACUCUUCUCGUCAUUGACGCCCGGCCACCAGCCACACAACCCCCUCGGACCAAACGAGAGGUCAUUGAAGUAGCAGUGACCAUUGCAUGGGAGAGAUUCAAAUGAACACUUUCCUUAUAUGACACCAAACAAGGAAAAGGAUGUAAGCUGAUCGUCUCCAAAAAGGCAUCUCACUGUGCCUUUAGACCAGAGCGGGGGCCAAAUCUGUGCAUUUGGGGACCAGGACCGGUGGUGAGAAAGGCUAGGGAGAGGGGAAGUGAACACACUUAGAAUUCCUCACUUGGGCUGUUUUGUGUCAACACUUUGACUCACCAUUGUUAAGAAACGAGGUGUUGUUCAUAAAUUUUCUAUGCAUUUCUGCAAACCUA